AUGGUUCCGUUGCUUACCGCGAAGCAUCUGUUCUUUGUGCUGGUACUCUCGCUGAUUGCCCUUACCUAUUGGAUAGUGUCAGUGGAACGUGAUUCUCCCAACGAUGACUUGCAAGAGGAACUUCAUCUUGUGCUGAACCGUCCAAAAGUUCCAGGCGGAGCAUUCGACCCCAGUGGAACUCCGGGCGAUAUGGGACUGCCGGUGAUACUGCCGGAAAAACUGUCCCCCGAGGUGCAGGAACUCGUCCGAAAAGGGUGGGAUGAACAGGGACUCAAUCAGUUCGUUUCGGACAUGAUUCCGCUGCGCCGAAGACUGCCGGACGUGCGGGAUGGUUGGUGUCGGAGUGAGGAGCAGGCGAGGCGCGAGCGUCACAUCCAACCCGGCACGCUGCCACGUUCGGUAAUAGUGAUUGUGUUCUACAACGAGGCCUGGUCCGUACUGCUGCGUACCGUGCACUCCGUUCUGGACCGGACGCCAACCGAGCUUAUCGACGAGAUUGUGCUCGUGGACGACUGUUCGACGAUGAAUCACCUAAAAGACGAACUGGAUAAUUAUAUUGCCGCACUUGAGAAGGUUCGCUUGGUGCGUUCCACCGAACGGUUGGGUCUUAUUAGAGCGAGGUUGUUUGGUGCGAAAUUGACCACAGCCAACAUCAUCACCUUUCUCGAUGCUCACUGUGAGGUAAUUGAAGGUUGGCUAGAAGCACUUAUUGCCCACGUAGCAUCAGAUGAAACGAUGAUCGCCAUACCGGCCAUCGAUUGGAUCCACGAGAACACGCUCGAAUUGAACGCACAGAACUCGGUAAAGUACUUCGGUUCCUUCGAUUGGUCACUGAACUUCCAGUGGCGCGGUAGAGAUCAAAGGAUCAAGGCCGCAUCCAAGAACGGUACGUCCACCGUACAUCCGGCGGCACCGUACGACACACCAACCAUGGCCGGAGGACUUUUCACCAUACACCGUACGUUCUUCGAGCGGCUCGGCUGGUACGAUGAGGGGAUGCAAAUCUACGGUGGUGAAAACAUGGAACUCUCAUUCAAGGCAUGGAUGUGCGGUGGCAAGCUGCAGAUAGUGGCGUGCUCCCGCGUAGCACACAUACAGAAGCGUGGCCAUCCUUAUUUGCGCGAGAUUGCCGGCGGGUUAUCGAUAAUCAAGCGCAACUCGGUCCGGCUGGCGGAGGUGUGGUUGGAUGAAUACGCCGACUACUACUACGAAACCUUCGGAGGGCGCACCAGGCGAGGUGACUAUGGAGAUGUAACGGCACGGAAAGAGUUACGCCAACGGCUCCAGUGUAAGCCGUUUCGGUGGUACCUCGAACACGUCUUCCCGGAACAGUUCGAUCCGAGUAAAGCGGUGGCGCGCGGUGAGAUACGCUUUGGCGGGACGACACAGUAUCCCACCUGUCUCGAUUGGCCGACGCACCUGUUUUUGGUUGGGUGUCACGGUACCGGCGGUCACCAGCUGUGGUAUCUUACCAAGCAAGGUGAGGUGACGCGCGAAGACCACUGUCUGGACUAUGAUGGUACGACGGUGGCAAUGUACCGGUGUCACGGUAUGGGAGGCAAUCAGGCGUGGAGUUGGGAUUCGGAGAGUAAGUUGCUGAAAAAACUCACCUACGACCGUUGCCUGCAGUGGAAUCGAACUUUUACGCUGGAAGUUUGCGAUCCGAACGUGCCGAAUCAGCAGUGGCUGAUGCAAAACUUUCAACCAAACAAUCUGUGA